CGGUCACGUGACGGCGGCUCAGGUGAGCACCGCUUCCGGGGUCGGGAGCCCGAUCACGGCCGGCUCCGGGUUCCCCUGGGUCGGGUACGCGGGAGGCCAUGGCGUCCUCCUCGGCCCCGCCGGCCACCGUACCGGCGAGUACAGCGGCCCCCGGCCAGGGUUUCGGCUUCGCCUCCAAAACCAAGAAGAAGCAUUUCGUGCAGCAGAAGGUGAAGGUGUUCCGGGCGGCUGACCCGCUGGUGGGCGUGUUCCUGUGGGGCGUAGCCCACUCGAUCAAUGAGCUCAGCCAGGUGCCUCCCCCUGUGAUGCUGCUGCCAGAUGACUUUAAGGCCAGCUCCAAGAUCAAGGUCAACAAUCACCUUUUCCACAGGGAAAAUCUGCCCAGUCACUUCAAGUUCAAGGAGUAUUGUCCCCAGGUCUUCAGGAACCUCCGUGAUCGAUUUGGCAUUGAUGACCAGGAUUACUUGGUAUCUCUUACCCGAAGUCCCCCAAGUGAAAGUGAAGGCAGUGAUGGUCGCUUCCUUAUCUCCUAUGAUCGGACUCUGGUCAUCAAAGAAGUAUCCAGUGAGGACAUUGCUGACAUGCAUAGCAACCUCUCCAACUACCACCAGUACAUUGUGAAGUGCCAUGGUAACACGCUGCUGCCCCAGUUCCUGGGGAUGUACCGAGUGAGCGUGGACAAUGAAGACAGCUACAUGCUUGUGAUGCGCAACAUGUUUAGCCACCGUCUUCCUGUGCACAGGAAGUAUGACCUCAAGGGCUCCUUAGUGUCCCGGGAAGCCAGCGAUAAAGAAAAGGUUAAGGAAUUGCCUACCCUUAAGGAUAUUGACUUUCUCAACAAGAACCAGAAAGUUUAUAUUGGUGAAGAAGAGAAGAAAAUAUUUCUAGAGAAGCUAAAGAGAGAUGUGGAGUUCCUAGUGCAGCUGAAGAUCAUGGACUACAGCCUUCUGUUGGGCAUACAUGACAUAAUUCGUGGCUCUGAACCAGAGGAGGAGGGGCCUGUGCGGGAGGUGGAGUCAGAGGGGGAUGGGGACUGUGGCCUGACUGGACCUCCUGCUCUGGUGGGCUCCUAUGGCACCUCCCCUGAGGGUAUUGGCAGCUACAUGCUUUCUCAUCGGCCCCUGGGCCCUGGAGAGUUUGAAUCCUUCAUUGAUGUCUACGCCAUCCGGAGUGCUGAAGGGGCCCCCCAGAAGGAGGUGUAUUUCAUGGGCCUCAUUGACAUCCUGACGCAGUAUGAUGCCAAGAAGAAAGCAGCUCAUGCAGCCAAAACUGUCAAGCAUGGGGCUGGGGCAGAGAUCUCUACCGUCCAUCCUGAGCAGUAUGCUAAGCGAUUCCUGGAUUUUAUUACCAACAUCUUUGCCUAAGAGAUUUCGUGGUCACUGCUACUUUAUGUUCAAGGUGGUGGGGUUCUGAGAGCCUUGGGGGAAUUGUGGAGAUUCUGGUCACUACUUCUCUUCCUCUGCUAAAUUCAGGCUGCAGGCUCCUUCCUUCCAAAUAACUCCAUCUUAUUGGUAGGCUCUUCCUGGCCCUCAGAAGUACAUCAUCUUCUCUCCCCUUUGUCCAGUUUUCUUCCCUCUCUUUCUCCCCUUCAACAUGUCUGCUUGCUUCAUUAGAGUGUUACUGUUGAUUCUCUCCCAAGUGCCUGGAUUUUUGUAAAAUGUUCUGUUGUUUCUAUAAAAGUAGAAGAAUCUGGCGGGAGGGGGUUGUUUGCUGUCUUCAGGACCUGACUGGCCAGAUGGAACUGGCUCAAGCAACUACUCUGGAUGCACUUUGUUCUGUGGGAUGAACACUAAGUGACUGAAUUUUGCUGAUAACUUUAUAGAACUCACUGGGGCAUACCUGCUUCCUGGUAGGCCCUGAGAUGAAAGACUUUCAAGAUACUACAGAUGUGGGUGCAGGCAUGCACACAUGAUGAGAUAUGGCCAAUCUUACACACACAGGUGGGGUGGAGAGUGGUCAGCAGGCUGGCACCUCAUGGAGGUGGGAACUAAGAGGACUCUUGUGAUUGAUUAUGCAGAAAACUGGAGAAAGUCUCUGUCAAGGAUGGACUACUCUCUCCAAUCUUCCCUCACCCCACUUCCAUCCUCACCUCUGUACUUCUGGACACAGGAGCCCAGAGAUGGAUGGCCACAGUGUUUAAGGCUAGGUGAAGGAGUUGACUGCUCUGCUCCUCCUCAAGACCACACACUCCUUCUGGCUCUGGAACCCUUCAGUGGAGGAGUGACAGUUUUGUAGGCUGGGAUGAUAGGCCAAGGGUCUAAGGUUCAUUCCCCAUGUUAAAUUUCUUUUCUUCAUGCCUACCCAUCCCUGAGGUUUUAUUCCCAGGAGAAGGUAAUGUCUCUACCUGGGUCAACCCUGGACAUUUCAAGAGAAUGGAGGUCUCAAGUAUAGGAACCUCUACCCACUGGAGGUGUGUGCCUAGCAUGCUUCCUCCCCCCACUCCUUCUCAAACCCCUUUUCCAGUUGGAUUUGUUAUUCUGUCCUCUUCUACCCCAUCUUAUUGCUACUGUGUCUCCCAGUCAUCUUCACUCUCUAUUCCUAUAGAGAAAUCAGAGCUGUAACUCGAUCACCUAGCCCCCUCCGAAGAUAGUGGUGUGGAUGCAUGAUAUUCUCAGAAUAUAGAGGAUCCUGAUGAGCCCAGAUAGUGUCCUCCCCACCCUCCAAUGCAUUUGGGGCAAAGGCAGCCAUUCUUCUUGCUAUCCUCCAUACCCCUUGAGGCUUCUACAUUUUAAAAAAAUAUAAAGAUGGAUACCAGCAACUGCCUGUGGGGAUGCAAAGAUUCUUUGCUCUGUAUCUGGCUGGACUGAUCUGUCUCAAGAAGUCAUGAGAUCGUAAAGAAGAAUUCCUGCCCUGGUUGAUGUGGCUCCGUUGGUUGAUGCGUCAUCCCAUACACCACAAGGUUGUGGGUUUGAUUCCCAGUGAGGGUACAUACCCAGGUUGUGGGUUCGAUCCCUGGUCAGGAUGCAUAUGGAAGGCAACAGAUCAUAGUUUCUUUCUCCCUUUCCCUUUCUCUAAAAUAAAAGAAUAAAAGUAAAAACAACAAAAAAA